AUGGGCCAAGACUCCUCGUCAAUGGUGGAUGACAGCGUUCCGCCCGCGACCUUGUCGGGGCGCAAGCUAUCGUCUGUAGCAGAGUACAUCAAGAGCGGGAAGCCGCGGCGUAUAGUUGUCCUCACGGGGGCGGGUAUAUCCACAGCGGCGGGGAUCCCCGACUUCAGGUCCCCGGGAACAGGCCUAUACGCCAACCUGGCCCGUCUCAAACUUCCCUACGCCGAGGCCGUCUUCGACAUUUCCUUCUUCCGCGAAAACCCCGAGCCGUUCUACGUCCUCGCGCGAGAGCUGUACCCUGGCCGGUUCCACCCGACGGUGUCGCACGUGUUCAUCGCGCUGCUCGCGCGCAAGGGCCUUCUCGACUUCCUUUUUACGCAGAACAUUGACUGUCUAGAACGGCAGGCUGGUGUGCCGUCAGAUCUGAUUGUCGAGGCGCACGGGAGCUUCGCCACGCAGCGAUGUAUCGAGUGCAAGAAGGAAUUCCCGGCUGAAGAGAUGAGGCAGCACGUCGACAGGGGGGAGGUGCCACGGUGCCAUGAGGAUGACUGCAACGGACUGGUAAAACCCGACAUCGUCUUCUUUGGGGAGUCUCUCCCCAGAGAGUUUGACCGCCAGGCCCAUGUCCGCAUGGAAAACGCCGACCUUGUCCUCGUCGUCGGCACGAGUCUGAGCGUCUACCCGUUUGCUGCGCUGCCCGACAUGGCUGACCCGACGGUGCCGCGUCUGCUGUUCAACCUCGAGCAGGUCGGCAGUAUGGGCAGUCGGGCAGACGAUGUGCUCGAACUGGGAGACUGCGAUAGCGGGAUCCGCAAGCUGGCUGAUGAGCUGGGCUGGCGGGACGAGCUGGAGAGCCUCUGGAGAGAGGUUGUUGGUGAAGAUGAGGCUGAGAGGCAGAUUGCUAGCCACAGGAAGGGUAAGGGAAAGGAUGCCAAGGACGAUGGCGACGUGGAGGACGAGGUUGCCAAGUUGACGCGCGAGGUUGACGUUGCACUACAUCUCGAGGAUAAGGAAUCCGAGGAUGAGCAGGAGAAGGAAGAUGAGAACGAAUCCAAGUUGGAAAAGGGCCAGACUUCCGAAUCCAAAGCGGAAGUGCAAACACAGGGGACCGAUGUCAAUCCCGAGAUGAAGCUAGAGGCCAUCAAGCCCGAGGUAGCAUCACCGAGGAAAGAAAUACAAGAAAACAGCAACAAGAUAUGA